AUGGGUGCAGAUCUGGACAGUGCCCCCCCAACGACCGCGGCGCCGCAGCAUCGGCGGCACGUUAAGUUCCACCGUGAGGACCUGAAGGCGAAGUUCUCCAUUCGGCUCCACCACAACAGAAGCAAGGAAGGUAGCAAGGAGACAGAUCAGCACAGCGCCCGGCUAGGCAGCGCGACGUCUAGCGUCACUGCCCUAUCCAGCGCUAGUGCGACGUCUAGUGUCGGCGCGACAUCUAGUGUCAGCGGCGGGUCUAGCGGCAGCGACAAAGCGGCUGCCAGUGAAAGAGAGCGUAGGUGGUACAAGAGGAUAUUCCACCGACAUAGUGCAGACGAGUAUGACGCCAUUGACGAAGACGAAGAAGAGCUUCGUGUAGUUAGUAGAAGUGUAAGCGAGCAGACCGAAGUUAGUUCCUUGGCCGGCAGCGAAUUGGCUAAGUACGUGCCAGAGCAGGGUCCCGACGGCAAAAUGUCCGUGGUGCGGGGCCGGACUCCGCUGGGUCGGACUCCGGCGGGACGGACGCCCGGCAGCCAGCGACGUCAAGCCGGCGCCAAGACGCCGCAACGCGCGUCCUCUAUGGUCAGCUGCUCGACCGCCAGUCGUCGCGCAGUCUACAAAACGAGACUGGACCACGCGUUGAGAAAGGCGCACCUAAAGCAGCAGUACUUUGUUCAACAGAACACGCGCUGCGGAGACGAUGACGAUCUAGACUAUGACGGCUUUAUGUUCCGACCCGACGCGGAGGAUCACGCCAAGGUCAAAUCUCACCAUCACUUCCGGUCGAUUUUGCAGGAAGCCAAAGAGAAUCGGAGUGGGCACCGAACGGGGUAA